AUGUUUCCCCACUUGCAUACACUCGCCCAACAUGGUGUAUUCUACCCCCUAGAUAAUCCGGUUCAGCGAGUGCCCAAAUAUAGGAUGGAAACACUGAUCACGGUGUUGACGCUUCGUCGACUGGACAAGGACAAUUUUGCGCCUGAAGAGGUGGAAGAGGCCAAGGUAGCGGCCGAGAGACGGCGCGAGGAAGAGGAGGCAGCCCGUGCAACUGAGGAGGUAAAAAAAGCCAAAAAGAUGAAAAAGGCAGCCACUAAGUAG